AGAACAAUAGAGACCGGUCAUCAGUUACAACAAAGAUCAGAGCCUUUCAAUCAGAAAAACAUGGAAUCCCCGAAGGUAUUCUCGUGGCCGUGCCCCUUGCAACAUGUUGUAAGCUCUGCAUGCAACAUGUUCGACAGCCACUGUUCUCGGCUCCGGGCUUCGUAUUUAACAGCAAGCGCGCGACUCGAGGCGCCUUCAAAGUUCGUUUGUGUCUCGGGUAGCGUGGUUCGUAAAGGAAUCCGUUCGCGACUCUGUUGGCGUAUCUGUUGGCUGUUUUGAGCGUGUUUUCGAAGAUUGUGAUCCGACAGCUAAGCUCUGAGAACUGAAUGAGACUUAGCCACAAAUUAGGGUCCAAUCCUGCUCUCUAUUCUCGCUUUAAUGUUAUUUCGCGGAGUUAAUUAGUUGACAAAAAACUGGUAUAUAAUGAACCUGCCAUUCAUCCGGCACUUAAUUCAAAAUUGUAGCUGCCGAUCUGUCGCUUAAUGUGUGGAUAUUUCGCGUACGCAGAGUUUGACUAGUGCCAAAAAACAAAAUAAAGAAAAAACUGAAAAGCUGAAUGAAAGUUCUCUUUGCAACAAAAUCAACAAAAAUUUCGGUUCAACUGCUAAAUAAACGGGACCAGUUCAAAUCUUACGUACCCAACUUUUGCCGUGUGUGUGCCGUGAAGUCCUCCCCGUGUGCCUGUGUGUGUGUGUGAACCCUGUAACAAAUCUCAUUUAUUGGCAGCCAGAAACUGAUUUGAAUAUUCAGAUCUCUAACCCCCCCUUACAGACCACACCAGACAACACCCCGACUACAAAUUAUCUGAGUUUGUGUUACCUGUGCACCCCAUGAUUUAUAUAGGCUCUGCAGCAUCAGCAGCAGCCGUGAUGUAAAGUGACAAUUUUGAUAAUUUUCGAUUUACAUGCCGCUGUGCAUAAGACAGGCAGAGCCAAUUCGCAUUCAGAGUUCAACGAGUUGAAGGUUCAAUAAACGCAAAACGAAGAGGCACAGAGAAAGAAAGGCAAAGAUGCUUUUGAAGUGGCUGCUGUUCAGCCUGUGCAUAAUGCCGGCCAUGUUCAGCAAUACGAGAAGGAAGUGCCCCGUUGAAUGCCAAUGCAGCAUGGAUGACUUGGAUCGUUAUCAGGCCAUCUGCACAAAAGGUGGCCUCAACUCUCUGCUAUCCGCAAAUGAGCUUGAUAUUGACGUGAAAGUCAUUAUCAUACGUGGACCCAGGAACUUUAUUACGAUUGGACCUGCUUUGCGGCAGUUCAUGAAGCUGGAAAUCCUGCGCAUCACAGACUCCAAUCUCCCUGCCAUUGGUGCCGAGUCGUUCUGGGGCCUCAAAUAUCUGCGGAUAUUAGAUCUGUCCAAGAACAAUAUUACCAACAUCACGGAGAACAACUUUCGGGGCCAGGAUAAUCUCAUUGAAUUGGAUUUAUCGAAGAAUAAAAUUUUACGCAUGGCCAGUUCAACGUUUCGUCAUUUGACGGAUCUGCGCCGUCUUAAUUUGGCCGAUAACUCAAUCGUGGAGCUUGUGCAGCGAAAUUUCUUCAUGCUGAGCAGACUCAAGUACCUGGACCUGAGCGGAAAUCCGCUCCAGGAUUUACAGCCGGAUGUAUUCCGCGAUGUGUCGGAUCUGAAAGUACUCAAAUGCCGAAAUUGUCAGUUGAAAAAAAUCAAUCCACAGUUGUACAAUUUAUUGCCGCUUUUAAGCGAAUUGGAUUUGGGACGCAACGAGUUCAAGUUCCUCGAGAAGGACGAAUUCCGAGAUGUGAAACGUCUCAACAAAGUUCUGCUCGAUGGCAAUCAAUUGUCUGUGGUCGUGGACCAACUCUUUCGCAUGCAGAAAAGUCUUAAUCAUUUGGAUUUAUCGUACAAUCGUUUGGCCAAAGUGCCCAAUGAUUCGUUUUUGCAGCUGACCAAUCUAACAUUUCUGGACUUAUCCUACAACAAAUUGGUGCGUCUGGAGCCACAAUCUGUGCGGGGUCUGAGCAAUCUACUGACGCUGAAUAUUAGUGGAAAUGUUCUAAUGGAUCUUAUGGAAAUGCGCGAUACUUUCGAGCUCAUUCCACAGCUAACACAUUUGGCCAUUGCGGAUAUGGGUCCAUUGCCUGUUGGCCUUCUGACACCCUUCAGGCAACUGCGCUAUCUGAAUAUCUCUGGCAAUUCUUUGGACAACAUGGCACUGCAAGUCAUCGAUCCUUGUCGAGACCUGGAGUAUUUGGAUUUAUCUCGAAAUCAAUUAUACGGCAUAAAUGAGGACACUGCGCUACGGAUUCAAGGCAUACGCAAUGUGCGACUCGACAACAAUCCCUUGAUAUGCGAUGAAUGUCACAUGGGAAAAUUAAUAAAUGUCGUGCGGCAACUGCAAUGGAAAUGGGACACAUAUCCAAUUUGCUUUCUGCCGAAAAGCUUGCGAGGCGCUGAAAUAAAUAAUUUGGACAUUGGCGGGCUGCACACGUGCCUGGAUUACAUCAGCGAUGAGGAACAGAAUGCGGCAAGCACGUCGUAUAAUUUUCUUGAGCACGGUGGCCUCAAUACUCUGGCCAUUUUGGGUGGCAUCAUCUUUGUGCUAAUUGCCGUCAUUAUAUUGUCGCUGGUGGCCUGCUUCUCCAAGAAUCGAGCCCGCUACUACACCCGGGAGGAUCAUCUGAAUGGCAUAUACUCCUCAGGCGAGAGCAAGUGCUUGGAAAAGAAUUUGGAGGCGACCACAAUUACAACACUGGGGAAUGGCAGUUCGCCCACAACAACAACCACACUGACCCUGGCCACGUCCCCAACCCCGGGCAAUGGAACAGCAGCAGUCGGAGGAGCUGGAACAUUAUCUGGACCAUUAGUACAAACCAAUGGACAUGGAGUGAGUCCGAGUCCGGGCAAUGGCAGCACGCCAGCCCAUGUGGCAGCCGCCUCAAGCUCCGGCGAGAACAAGGGCAAGGAAAUCAACUUUACUUUCCCCAUUGAUGAUCGCGUCUGUACCAUCGACGAGCUGAUGCUGCCACCGGCGCCACCUCCACCAGCAGCGUAUCAGCACCACCCCAGCAUGGGCAGUCUGAUGUACAGUGUGUCGCAUUCGCCGGGCAGCGGACCGGCUGGAACAGCCACCACCAUGGCCGCUGUGGCAGCUGCAGCGACUGUCAUUCCUCCGGGUGCACCCUCUCCAAUGCCAACGCCCGUGCCCACUCCAGCCGAGGCUGUGGUUGUGGUGCUGCCUCCGCCACCGCAGCCCCCACAGCUACAGCAUCACCACCACCCGAUGGAGGGGAGCCUGGAGCCUGGAGCCAGCCUUCGUGAGGUGCAGCAGCAGCUGGUUCACUUAAACAGCACUCUGGAGCCGCUGGUCAGCGUUAACUGACCCAGGGGCUUAGCAACAUCAGUAGCAUCCGCGGGCAAGUUUGCCAAGCAAACAGUAAGCACGACACCGACGUAAGCCGCAUCCAAACAUCCGCACAUCCGAACAUCCGUAGAGCUGAGCACUACACUGGCACUGCAGACGUGGGGCGUAUAAUUAAUGACAGUGCGGCAGGCAGCAUUGUUUUCGGGGUCAAAUUGGAGUGAAGUAAUUAGGAUUUGAGUUUGCAAUUAAGUGCAUUAAUCAUUCGGUCAGUUGCUACAGGCCGAUCAUCAUCAUACUCAUACCCUGUCUACGAUCAUACUGCCAUUUUCACAAUUAACAACUUUAACUGGAGUUUCACUAAGAUACUUGUAAUUUAAUUUUAAACACACACAUUUUUUAUACAAUUAUGCUCGUCUGUAUAUAAAAUUGGUCUAAAUUUAAGCAAAAACCCGAGAGAGAACCCAGUUUGAAAAUUAAUUUCGCACAUUUCAAAUGUGAUAAAUCCAAGUAUAAUCUGUAAAUAAAUAUUAAGCAAGACAAAACCAUAAAAACUAAAAAACUGAAUGUGUAAUCCCUAAGAGAGAAGACAGGAUGGAGUACAUUUGUAUAUUUGGCCAAUGCGAUUCAAAAUUGAGCAGCCGCUGUUUGAGAAUUUAAACGUAAA